AUGUACACACAGUGGCCCGACAUGGUUACAUUCAUCUCUAGUACACACAGUGUGCCCGACAUGGUUACAUUCAUCUCUAGUACACACAGUGUGCCCGACAUGGUUACAUUCAUCUCUAGUACACACAGUGUGCCCGACAUGGUUACAUUCAUCUCUAGUACACACAGUGUGCCCGACAUGGUUACAUUCAUCUCUAGUACACACAGUGUGCCCGACAUGGUUACAUUCAUCUCUAGUACACACAGUGUGCCCGACGUGGUUACAUUCAUCUCUAGUACACACAGUGUGCCCGACAUGGUUACAUUCAUCUCUAGUACACACAGUGUGCCCGACAUGGUUACAUUCAUCUCUAGUACACACAGUGUGCCCGACAUGGUUACAUUCAUCUCUAGUACACACAGUGUGCCCGACAUGGUUACAUUCAUCUCUAGUACACACAGUGUGCCCGACAUGGUUACAUUCAUCUCUAGUACACACAGUGUGCCCGACAUGGUUACAUUCAUCUCUAACCAACGUCCAGUGAAUGAGUCACCAAUGGACGAGAAAAGUCUAACGUCCAGUCAAUUAGCCACGAAUAAACGAGACCGGACUAUGGUCUCACACAGAGAGACAAACCUGCCUCAUUCACAUCCCACCAGCUUUCGUCAUUGGACACACAGAAAAACUUCGCAAGUGUUGUACAGUAGUGCUGACACAAGUGUUGUACAGUAG